AUGGAACUUGAUGAACAAACUCUUUUACAAUCAUUAAUAAAAAAUUCAUCUGAUGAUUUAUCAACAAAUUCAAUUGAUUAUACAUCAUAUCUUUCUUAUCUUCAAACAUUAUUUACAUAUGAUACAGAACGUUUACAUCGUGAAUUAGAAUAUUUAAAUGAUGAAAAAUGUUCAAAAUCAACACAAAUGUUAUCAUUAAUAUUUAAUAAUUAUUCAACAUUUAUUCAAACAGCUGAAUGUUCAAAAAAUAUUUCAAAUGAUUUUUCAACAAUUGAAGAACGUUUAUCAAUUAUAUUAAAACAACUUGAUCAAUUUUCAUCUUGUUGUCAAAAAUUUAUACGUGAAACAGAACAAACAAAUUAUUUACGUAAACAAAAUAUGUUUACAUUACAAAAAUAUCCACAAUUAUUAGAAAUACUUGAAAUACCACAAUUAAUGGAUACAUGUGUACGUAAUGAUUAUUUUGAUGAAGCACUUGAAAUAGUUACAUAUUGUAAACGUUUGGAAAGAAAAUUUUCUUUAUCAACAAAUAAAAUAAUAUUAUCAACAACAACUUCACAUAUACCAAUUAUAAUAAAUAUUGUUAAUGAUGUACGUUUAUCACUUGAAUAUAUGCUUGAACAAUUAAUAAAUCAACUUCAAACAAAUAUACAAUUACCAGCUUGUUUACGUAUAAUGGGUUUUAUUCGUCGUAUGGAUAUUUAUAAUGAACUUGAAUUACGUCUUUGUUUUCUUCAAGCACGUACAAAUUUUUUACAUAAACGUUUAGGUUUAAUUCAACAACAAUAUUCAUCAACAAAUAUGAUUGAUUAUUAUGAACAUGCAUCAAAAUAUAUUGAUGAAACACGUAAUAUACUUUUUGAUAUUGUUACACAAUAUCGUGCAUUAUUUAGUGAUGAUGAUACAACAUUAUAUGUAACAUUUAAUCGAAAUGAAUUUAUUAAAGAAACAAAUUUAUUUCGUUCAUGGCUUAUUUAUCGUUUAAGUGAAUUUUUAAAAGUAUUGCAAAUUGAUUUACAACAUUGUAGUGGUUCACAAUAUCAACGACUUGAAUCUUUACUUGGUCAAGUAAUGUAUUUUGGUGCAUCAUUUUCUCGAUAUGGUUUUGAUUUUCGACCAUUAUUUAUACAAUUUUUUUCUCGUACAACUUUAACAAAUUUUCAAAAUUCACUUCAUGAAGCUAAUCAUUUAUUUGAACAAUUACUUAAUUCAUAUACAUUUGAUCAAUAUGUUCAAUUAACAACAUUAGAUUCUUCAACAAUAACAAUAAAUCCAUUUUCACCACCAAUGAUUCUUGUUAAUUAUACUCCAUUAGCUGUUUAUUGUAAUGUUUUACUUACAGGAUUUAAUGAUCUUCGUCUUUGUUGUCCUUUAUCAAUUGUUUUAACUAUUAAACAACUUAUUACUGAUUCAUUAAUACAUAUUAGAAAUAUUUUAACAAAUUAUUAUAAAUCUGAAAAAGUAACAUUAACUGUUAUUGAAUCUGAACAUUUCAUUGAUUUUUUACGUAUAUUUAUUAAAAUAUUUAUUCCAUAUAUAAGUAGUUGUAUUCAAGUAUUAUUUCCUGAUGCACAAUUAGCUCGUGAAUUAGGUGUAUCAGUUUUGGAUAUAAGUGAAAAAUCGAAAUUAAAUCAAAUUAAUAUUGAACAAAUUAUUGAACCAAUUAAAAAUAUAAUUGAUUCUGUAAUGUCAAAAAAAAAGAUUCAAUCAAAUGAAAAUAAUAUUUCAUCAGAAAUAAAAGAACACAUUCCAAUAUCAGAAGAAGUACAACAACAACAAGAACAACAAGAUGAACAAGAAAAAAUAGAAGAUAUUGAUAAUAAAUCUAAUAUAGUUGAAUAA